CAGGAUUCCCUUCAGACGCGCAUAACACGACAAAUACAACCACUAUCCAUAUCAAGCCGACACUCUUUUUCCAGAUAUCUGCUUAAGUAGUAAGAUGCCCGCAAUUCGCCAUGCCUCCAAGAGGAAAGCCCCUCCAGCAGGCUUCUCCGACAUCGAAGAUGAUCUCUUAAUCUUCAGCAACAAGAUGAAAGAUGCCGAAAACGCCUCCACUACCAAUGUUCCCAGACAUAAAGUGCACUGGCCUAUCUUCCAAAUCAGUCACCAAAGGAGCAGAUACGUCUACGAGCUGUAUUAUGAGAAGGAGGCUAUUUCAAAGGAGCUUUACGACUGGCUUUUGAAGAACGGGUAUGCUGAUGCGAUGCUCAUUGCGAAAUGGAAGAAGACGGGUUAUGAGAAGUUAUGCUGCCUGAGGUGCGUGCAAACGAAAGAAACAAACUUCAACUCCACCUGCAUAUGCCGGGUUCCAAAAGCGCAGAUGAAGGAGGAUCAAGCAAUCGAGUGCGUGAGCUGUGGAUGCAGAGGGUGUGCUUCUAGUGAUUGAGCAUUGGGGAAAGAUGGUCCCGGUGUUUGCUUAUUUACAGCAUUGAUGAUACCAGCAUUGGCGUUUUGCGUUUGAGGACGGCUUCAAAUUCGAGCCCUUGGGAGAAGAUUACCAUAGCCUCGGCGUUCUAGGGGAGUGUAUGACGGUUGAGACAUGUUUGGUAACGACAGAGGUAUAACUCAUGCAUGAGUGGAAACUUGACCCUUUCAAAGAAGCGCUUCCGCUUUGCCAUUCUGGAAAUGGACAUAUUAGUAUCUGGGGUUGAUAUUAAAUGUGGAACACGACAUAUUGCUCUCGUCGCCCGAAUGAUUUUACUUACCAGACCAAGAUUCUAAAUCUAACCGUGUUUUCAGAUUCUUCGUAGCUCCUUGAG